UUCAUUGGGUUCGCGUUGAGGUGAUCGGAUGUGAAAUUCAAGUCUCGGCGCAAGAAAUAAAAUAAAAAUAAAAUUUCAAGUGACAAGAAAAGUUGCAUUUUUAAAAUUUUCAUCAACAAAAAUACAAAAGCAAAUAAUUAAAGUGCAGCAUCAAUAACUUUUGUUAUAUCUUCACUCAUGUUGUAACAGACAAUUAAAGAAGAUUAAAAGAAGAAGCUUAGAAUCAUGUCAGUUGUUGAGACAAAACUUAAUGGCUCGAUUGGCAAGUCAGACGGAAAUGGAUACACAAAUGGGCACAUGAAUGGAAAUGGAAUUGCUAACGGCAAUAAAAGCAAUGGAACUAUGACGAAUGGAGUGAAUACUGAACCCGAUAAGCCAGCUGAAGAAUAUAAGGUUCAAAUCAAAUGGUUAAACGUAGUUUUAUUUACAUAUUUACAUGCGGCAGCACUGUAUGGGAUGGUGUUGCCAUGGAAGUGGUCAUCAUUUAUAAGCUGCUUCAUUUAUACAGUUUUUGCUGGUUUUGGUACAACAGUCGCUGCUCAUAGAUAUUUUACACAUAAAGCAUUCAAGGCUAACAAAGCAUUAAGAUGGAUUCUAAUAUUUUUACAAACUGCAUGUGCACAAGAGCCUAUUCUUAAUUGGGCACGUGAUCAUCGAGUUCAUCAUAAAUUUACAGACACAGAUGCUGAUCCAUACAAUAGUCGUCGUGGAUUUUUCUUUUCUCAUAUUGGAUGGCUGUUAUGUAAGAAACAUCCAGAAGUAAUCAGACAAGGCCGAAAGAUUGAUAUGAGUGAUUUGGAAUGUGAUCCCAUGUUGAGAUUCCAACGAAAGUAUUAUCAUUUAAUAGCAUUUAUUCUUAAUUUGGUGAUUCCAACUGGCAUCUUGGUUUAUAUGGGUGAGCCAGCGUAUAUUGUAUGGCACGGAAAUGUCUUCCGUUGGGUUUUAUUGUUGAAUUGUGUAUGGUGUGUUAAUUCAGUAGCACACUUGUGGGGAAUGAAGCCUUACGAUAAAAACAUAUCACCAACAGACUCACGUUUUGUUGGAUUCGUUGCAUUGGGCGAAGGCUGGCAUAAUUAUCAUCAUGUCUUCCCAUGGGAUUACAAAACCGCUGAAUUAGCUGGAUAUCGUUGGAAUAUUUCAACAGCAUUUAUUGAUUUCUUUGCAUGGUUAGGAUGGGCAACUGAACUCAAAACCGUACCUGAUGAUAUUGUCAGAAGACGUGUAUUGAGAACUGGUGAUGGAAGCCAUCCAUACUCAAAAGAGUUGGCUGAAAAGAGCACAGGCAAUAAUAUGAGUACAGAAAUUAGAGAUACAGAACAUUUCUGGGGAUUCGGUGACAAGGAAAUGACGGACGAGGAUAUGAAAUAUGUUAGAAUUUUAAAAGCAGAAAAUAAAAGUUCAUAAAAUCAUUAAUUUAACUUAUCAAAAUCAACAAGUAUUUUUUUUGUACCUGCUUCCAAUUUGUAUCAAUCUGCACCUUUUACUACAGAUUUCUGUUUGUUUUUUGACUAGGCUAAAUUUUUUAAUGCUGAUGUUGCCAACAUAUUGCGC